UAGCUCUCCCCGAGGCCGCCAGCCUCUCUCUCUCUCUCUGUCAGUUGUAGCCUCUCCUCCUCCUCCUCCUCCUCUCUUCUCUGGGCGGUUCCAGUCUAGAGAGAGAGAGACGUUUAGGGAAGAAAGCCCACUAACAAAACUAUCAGCGCAGACACACAAACAUGGCGCCCGCUGCCUCCGCCGACAACUUCACCUGAAAGUGUGUUGAAGAAGUGACCCGCAAAGUUUCACAGGACUAUCUCCAAGUGCCUUUUUGGUUUUGUUUUAACCUGUUUCGGUUUGCACAAACUAGAAACACGGAAUAUACCAAGCGGGUACAAACAGCAAGUUGCCUACAUGUCAACAUUGUGUCUCUCUGCAGUGUAAACAGCUGGUACGCCCAGCCAUGAUCGAGGACAAGGGUCACCGUGUGACCGACUACUUUGUAGUGGCCGGGCUGACCGACAAGUCCACGCCCCUGGAGCAGGACCUGUCAGAGACCAAAUCCAGCGGGCCCAAAGCGCCCAUCACCGACUUGGCCGUCAUCAACAGGUCGGCGGGAGAGACGGUGCCCGAGGGCUUCACGUGCAUCGACAGCACCUACAGCGGCCAGCCGGCCAACCUCAAUCAUGGCAGUCUCAAGAGCCCCGAGCUGUUUCUGUGCUACAAGAGGGACCGGAAUAAGUCUCCUCUCACGGACAUCGGUGUGCUGUAUGAGGGUAAGGAGCGUCUGAUCCAUGGCUGCGAGGUCAUCCAGGCCACGCCGUACGGCCGCUGCGCCAACGUCAACAACAGCUCCGCCACCUCGCAGCGCAUCUUCAUCACCUUGCGCCGAGCGGCGCCCGUCCAGCCUCAGAACUCCCUCGCAGUGACGGACAUCUGCGUCAUUGUCACGAGUAAAGGCGAGAUACCGCCGCACACCUUUUGCAAGGUGGACAAGAACCUCAACUGUGGCAUGUGGGGCUCCAAUGUGUUCCUGUGUUACAAGAAAUCAGUAUCUGCGUCCAAUUCCAUCAGUUACAAAGCUGGUCUCAUCUUUCGUUACCCAGAGGAGGACUAUGAGUCUUUUCCUCUGUCAGAAUCUGUCCCUCUGUUUUGUUUGCCCAUGGGUGCCAAAAUCGAGUGUUGGGCACCAGGCACUCCUGAUCCUGUGCCCGUCUUCUCCACGUUUGUCUUAACCAUCUCUUCUGGUGAAAAGGUGUAUGGAUCAGCCAUCCAGUUCUACGAGCCACAUCCAGUGGAUCAGCUGAGCGAGAAGCAGAAGAUCCAGCUGGGCCUGCUCACCACGGUGGAGAAGAAAAUGAUCCCCAACCGACCCGUAAACACCAAUAAAUGCAUCUGCGUGCUCUCCCGCUGGCCCUUCUUCGAGUCCUUCCACAAGUUCCUGAUGUUCCUCUACAAGCUCUCCGUCUCAGGCCCACACCCGCUGCCCAUUGAAAAGCACAUCUCUCACUUCAUGCACAAUGUGUCCUUUCCUUCCCCUCAAAGGCCAAGAAUAUUAGUCCAGCUAUCGGCACAUGACACCUUGAUGCUCUCCCAGCCUGUGUGCACACCCUUACCCCUCAGCGGGGCGGACUACGGCACUCUGCUGAUAAACCUGGGCUCGGAGAACUGCGCCACGCUGCUGCACUUUGUGCUGCUGGAGAGCAAGAUCCUGCUGCACUCGCUCCGGCCCGCCGUGCUCACCGGAGUGGCCGAGGCUGUGGUGGCUAUGAUCUUCCCGUUCCAGUGGCAGUGUCCCUACAUCCCCCUGUGUCCUCUCUCUCUAGCAGGCGUCCUCAACGCUCCCUGUCCAUUUAUAGUGGGCGUGGACUCCCGCUACUUCGACCUUUACGACCCCCCGCCAGAUGUUGUCUGCGUGGAUCUGGACACCAACACUAUCUACCUGUCUGACGAAAAGAGACACAGCAACUGGAAGAACCUCCCAAAGAAGCCCUGCAAGAGUCUCAUGAACUCACUGAGCAACUUGCACCGCCAGCUGGCCACCGUUUCAGUACGUCAAUCGGCGCAGGACAACUUAGCAGUGGACAUGUCCCCCAACGAGGCGGACUUCACCUGGCACAAGAAGAAGACGGCCCUGGAGAUGGAAAUCCAGGAGGCCUUCCUUCGCUUCAUGGCCUCCAUCCUGAAGGGCUACCGCUCCUACCUCAAACCCAUCACACAGGCGCCCUCUGAAAAGGCCACGGCGGCAGACUCCCUCUACGACCUGCAAGGGCUUCUCAAAAGCAGAGACCGAGCCCACCAGAAGUUCUACUCCCAGCUCACCAAGACCCAGAUAUUCAUCCGCUUCAUCGAGGAGUGCACCUUCGUCAGUGACAAGGACACCGGCCUGGCCUUUUUUGACGACUGCGUCGAGAAGCUUUUUCCUUCUGAUAAAAUCACCGACAAGGGCACCAAGGUUGAAGGCGAGUCAUCUGAGGACACAAGACUGUUGGAGCUGGACGAGUCCCAGAAGAGCGAACACACUGUUUUCGUCAUGCCUCCUGAACCUCCAGUCAACGAUGGAACUGAACCUGCCCCCAGAUACAUCUAUAAAAGUUUCCCCAGGCUGCAUAUUGAGCUGUUUGACCGUCCGAUGGAGUUACGCCCAGCAAUCAGCAGAGCAGCAGCAGGGGCCAGUCUGUCCAGCAGCCCUGCACUACUGGCUAAGAGGACAAAGCAGGAGAUCAAGCUAGCGUACAAGAUGGCUAAGCGUUUCUACUCCAACCCUCCGCUUUGGGCCCGGUGUAUGUUCAGCCACUGCUACAGCCUGUGGUUCAUUUGCCUGCCGGCAGCCGUGCGACUCUCCAAGUCUAAAAGCCGCGCCAUGCAGCAGGCGUUCAACGUCCUCCUGAAGAUGAGGACCACUGAGGUGGAGGUGCUGGACGAGGUGUGUUACAGAGUGGUGAUGCAGCUCUGUGGUGUGUGGGGUCUUCCCGUCAUGGCUGUGCGAGUCCUGGUUGAGAUGAAGAAAGCUGGAGUGCAUCCGAAUGCCAUCACAUAUGGAUACUACAACAAGGCCGCCUUAGAGAGCCCGUGGCCGAGCAGGAACCGCAGUGGCCUCUUCAUGUGGACCAAGCUUCGCAAUGUGGUUCGCGGAGUGGCCCAGUUCAAGCACGCCCUAAACCGAACAUCUUCCAAGAAGGAACCCGCACUUAGUACCGCAGCUGCAUCAAUAGGCGGGUCAGCAGUCACUGACGGUGACCGCUUGAGUCACGGAAGUGCCGACAGCUCAAGUGAGGUCAAUGGUGGAAUGGAAGACACCGCAGACAACCACUGUAGCGCAGGAAGGCAGUCUGAUCAAGGCUACGGCUCCAAGGAUGAGUUGCACCAGGAGCUGGCAGAGCCUUCACACACAGCUGCCCUUUCCGCUGAAGAAAGAAACAGUUCCAAAGCACAGCGUAAUGGAGGUGACAUCGCCGGGUCGGUGGACAGUGCUGUCGCAGUAGCAGAGCCCCCCUGUCCUGUUGAUGUGCCCUCGCCUGUCCCCAGUAUUGUGAAGCUGUCCACAGGGAGCUUUGAAAGUGGCAGGGAAACAGGUACAGGCAAGCUGUUCAGGAGACACAGCAAGGCUGAUAACGUGUCUCUCCCUGAUGACGACGCCUCGCUGCCCUCAGGGGACGUAGCCAACCAGUCUCUACAGCAGCGGAAGAAGUCCUUUGCUGAACGCAGCUGUAGCUUCAGCGCCGAAACCCGCGCCGGGAUGCUCCUAGAGCAAGGCGUGGACCACAUGGCCAGUCAGAUGGGCGCCGACGCCCGCAUCCUGGCCGCGGCGCUCUGCGCAGGAAGUCCACCCCCUAAUAGUGUGUCCAAAUCGCUUUUUAAAGACCUGGAGGAAGAGCCUGAAGAUGAUCAGGGCUUGAUGCUGGUGAAGCUGCCAGAGGAAGAGGGGCCGGGAGAGCAAGAAGAAGAAGAAGAAGGGAAGGGAGGUGACGAAGAGGUAGAGUUAAAAACGGAGAAGCGAGAGAGGAAGCACACUGAAACGAGCGAGGAGGACUCUGGAUUGCGAGGGCCGACCCUGGAGAGGGCGGACGUGAAGGUGGGCGCUGACCCACUUUCCCUCCUGGUGACCGAGAGCGAAGAGUCGGCCUCCGUCACCAGCCAGGAGCCGCCGCGCUCCGUGCCCGCCGUGGUGUCCCGCAACCUGGCCGAGGAGAUCGAGAUGUACAUGAGCCUGAGGAGCCCCCUGGGCGUGAAGUCCUCCAGCAUGGAGCUCCAGCAGAGCCAGGGAGACUCCACGGACUCCCCGCAGCCCAAACAGUCUAUGGAGCGCAGGUCUAGCCUCCCCGUGCCUCCUAUCAAAACUCCAAGCAGCUCCCCGGGAGACACACCCAAACGCAGCCCCGCCACUGUUACUCGCUCCAAGACUUUCGCGGCAAAGACAAAGACCCCCGGCAGCGUGGCGGGUAGCCCUAGAUCGUCCUCACUGACGGCGCUGGUCAAGUCCUCCCAGGGAGGGUCGCUGGGCUCGGUCAUCAACUCCAUUUCAGGCAUCAAGAUGGACGCCCUCUUGUCGGGACCUAAAAUCGACGUGUUUAAGUCGAGCAUGAAACAGGCGGCGAAUGUGGCCAGCAAAGUGUGGGGAGCAGUUGCUUCAGCUUAUUACUCAGAUGACGAGGACGAACAAGCUCAGGGCGGCGGCGGCUUCCCGUCCCAUCUGGAUGAACACAUGCUGGCUGCACAUGACGUAGACGACAGCCCUGAGAGAGGAGUCAUCCCGGGGCUGGUGGCCAACGGUCUCAACCAGAGCUGCACCAGCCUGGGCAGCAGCAGUGGCAGCAGCGACACGGGCCGAGGGACCCACCAGACACAUCCAACUCCAGGACGAGCGGGCAGGGGUCCAGACUCUGAGCAAGGCUCCUCGCAUCACGCUUCCUCCUCGAGCAUUUACCAGAACUGUGCACUGGAGGUGCUGAUGUCCAGCUGCUCCCAGUGCCGCUCUUGUGAAGCGCUGGUGUACGAUGAGGAGAUAAUGGCGGGCUGGACGGCCGAUGACUCCAACCUGAAUACCAACUGUCCUUUCUGUCGCACAGCCUUUCUUCCCUUAUUGCACAUCGAGUUUCAUGACUUACGCACAAUGACCGGGUUCUACCUGAAUCCCAGUGCCUCUGGAGACAGCAUCCACAGCACCAGUACCCAGCCCACAGCCAGCAGCUCAGCUGAUAUUAAGCCUGCAGAUCUCAUCAGUUUCCCUGAAGAGGAAUCCAGGGAGACUCCAGAUGAUCUGCCUGGAACACAGAAGAGUCUGAUUCCAGAGCCGGUGCAGUCAGACCCCUUAGGUCUCCUGGAGCACCAGGCAGCGGGGAAGCAGCGGAGGUGCAGCGGGACGUCGCUGACGCGCAGCAACAGUGUCGGUGGCCCACUGCAGAGCCUGGACUACUCCCAGAGACCUGGACAUGGCGUCUCCACCAUCAGCCUGCCCUGCAGCCUGCAAGAGGAUGGCAUGGGGACUAAACGUCCGAAUCCCAAGCCUGUGUCCGUACCGUACCUCAGCCCCUUGGUGCUGCGCAAGGAGCUGGAGACCCUGUUGGAGAAUGAGGGAGAUCAGGUGAUCUACACCCACAAGUUCCUCAGCCAGCACCCCAUCAUCUUCUGGAACCUGGUUUGGUAUUUCCGUCGCCUGGACCUGCCCACUCACCUGCCUGGUCUCAUCCUUACUUCUGAACACUGCAACAAAGGAGUUCAGCUGCCCCUGACGUCGCUGCUCCAGGACAGUAAGCAGGUAUACAUCCAGCUCCUGUGGGACAACAUCAACCUGCACCAAGAACAUGGAGAGCCCCUCUACCAGCUCUGGAGGACCUUGUUGGAGAAGAAGGGGACGUUGGCUCCGACAGACCACCAGGAGAUCCGCACCCUCCUCAACACAAUCGUCCGCAACAUCCAGACCAACGACGUCUUCGGGCCGAUCACCCUGUUGAUCCGAGAGAUCAAACGGCGCCCAGAGGGCGCCAAACGGCAGAGGAGUAUCUAUAGAGAAAUCUUGUUCCUCUCACUGGUGGCGUUGGGGAAGGAGAACAUCGACGUAGAGGCCUUCGACAGGGAGUACCGCAUGGCUUACGACGAACUGAGCGCCGAGCAGCUCAAGUCUAUGCACCGCAUCGAUCGACCGCCCAGCCCCAGCGUCCAGUGGUGCCUCAAAUGCUUCGGCACCCCCGUCAUCUGACCACAAACACACCUGCGGCAAAGAUGAAAAAUCGGACUGAUCUCGUGCGCCGGCGGGAAGGAAGGAAGGAAGGACGGACGGGUGGCGGGGCCGGGGUGUGAGCGCAAAAUGAUUUUGUAUUUAAACACCUCCAAUCGCCCAAACAUGGUACUCCUUCUUCUUCUUCCCUUUGUCUUGGAAGAUGCCCAUCAUCUGUUUUUUUUUUUUUUUUUUUUUUUACAACCAUAUGAUGCUUUUUCAGAGGCUUUCCUAGCGGCUCCUUACAGGUGGGACUGUUUCUGUAAACGGCCUGGAGAGCUGCAGUGAAUCUUUUGGGACUAGUUGAGGUGUGUUUCUUUACAGAUGGUGUAUAGAAUGAUGAAUCACUGUACAGAAUGUAUUGACUGCCCACAUAUGUGUGUGUGUGCGUGUGUCUUGUAGCCUUUUGCCCACUUUGCAUAAAUCUGUCCCAGCUGUCCCCAGAUCAGAGUUGUUUGAGACUGUGUACAUACCCCGACUGUUCGUUUGUGCACUUUCUAAAAAAGAAAAGAAAUAACUCAAGUCCACCUGUCUUUUUGUACAUAUUGUUUACUUUGGGGGAAAUCUGAAACCAGGGUUGCCUAUUUUUUCGAUCGCCUCGACUGUGUGUUUUGAUCCAAGUCUUAAUGAAUGUUCCAGUUUGUUUCAUUGUAAAUGUCCAGGUUUCAGAGCGCGGCUCUCUCUCUCUCUCUCUGUGUGUGUAAAUAAGCGUUAGAAGCACACUGUGGUGAACGGGAGAGGACUGAGGACAAUCACUAAUUAUCAAUCACUAAAAAUUGAUUCUACAACAUUCCAGAUGCCCUGCAAUCAAAACAGGUCUUAAAGUAGUAUUAUUGAUCUCUGCAACAACAACAACAACACUGCAACCAGCCAAUUGGAGGAAGAGAUUAUAACAAAAAAUACAUCAACGGGAAGUGAAACGGCAUGCCACACUACUGAGUCCCACACUUUAAAACAAAGAUGUUCUCUUGCAGGGAAAAGACAGCUCAGUGCCUCUUGUGUUUUUAAUAUCUGCAUCUUUUUAACAGUAACAUACUUUACUUGUUCAGAUAAUAUGCCUUAUUGUAAUGUUAAAUUAGAACUCACACGUACUGGGGCUAUUCCUUACUCUAGCAUAGAACGAACCAGUAUUUUUGUUUUUUAAAUCGGGUGUAUACUAUUUGCGGACAAGAUUGCUUUUUAUGGUUUACACACAGUAGCUUUGGUAGCAAUUUAGAGCUUUAUACUGCAAGGGGCUUCUUCAGUCCUGCUGACACUGUGUUAAGAAAAGAAAGACAACGUGACAUUCCACUAAAUGCUGAAACAGACAGAAGAAGGCGACGUGCUGCGAUGAACUGUUGGGAGAGUGACUUUGUACAGAAGCGAUGAUAUUGUGAAAUAUUAAAUUUGCACUGCAUAGAUUAAAACCUGACCUUUAACCCAGGGCGAGGAUGAGAUGACACCACCUCAAAAAAGUUUUUCCUCCAAAAACAAAAUGAAAUUCUCAGUUAUUUAUUUUUGUAUCAUUCACGUUUGGAUUGCAGACAGUGUAGCUUAGCAUUCUUAUGACUAACAAUCCCCUUUUAAUCUGUCUGAAGGGAUCCCAUCCUGUACUGACUUUGUAAACCUGACCUCCUUACAGCAGAGGAUGUACAGAAGAGACUGCUCUCUAACAAUAGAUUAAGUGAUCUCUUACCGUCCUGUGGAAAGGAAUUGAAUGUCUACACUUAAAGUGCGCUGCAAUAAAUGAGUUUGUGAACUGAUUGAAAAUGAAA